AUGUCGACGGGCCGGCGGUGGCGGGAAACGGGGGUGUGCUGCCUUCCUUUUGGUCAGCCUCGAGCGGCAUUGAGCGAGGGAUGGGUUACUGACAGGGCCGGCACAAAUUACCAGAAAUCUUUUUGGUGA